AUGUGCGGUAUCAACCGGCCGGCGGCCGGACGAUGGCUCAGCCACUCGGCCCCGACCUCCAUCGGUCUUAUAAUCAAAAUAACAUAUUUCAAACCGUUUACCAUAUCUGUCCAGUGGCGCAGUCAGAUGACCUUCCCCAGGAACAUCAUCGAAGCGGCUCAUACCCUUAGGUCUGACGCUUGGGUUGUCUUCCUUGACCCAACUCCAUCUAUUGUCUCCCAACAACGUCACCCACUAGAUCCACCGAGUGUUUCUCUGCAAACAGCUCAAAGCCAUUGUCCACGAUGUCUGGAAUUCCUCGUUGGCGCCGUCACUUGGGCGCUUCCGCUUUCGACGCUUUCCUCUUUGAGACAUCACGUGACCCCGAUCGGACGACCUCUGGCGGUCUCAGUCGUCCAGUUGGCUCUGAAGAGAUCCACGGUUGCACCGACUCGGCCGGGGCCCGGAGUGACAUUGGCACCCCGGAUGCGGAAACUUACAGCUCCAGUUUGUCUCCACAACGCCCUGCAGGGUUCGUCGGUGGCACCAGAGCCCGCUUCGUCGCUCGUUCAGACAAGCUUCAUCUGCUUCCGUUCAAUCGCUUUCGCCUCAUCCAACAUGUACUUCACAGCUUCGACCGUGGCCAUCCUGGCCCUUGCUGCCGGCUCCCAGGCCGCUGUUCCCAAGAAGGGCGAGCCCCCGGUCUUGAACCACAAGUCCGUUGUCCAGAGUUCCGCUGUUAGCACUGGCUCCCACCCCAUCAUGACUGGCAUCAGCGGUGGCAACAGCACCGGCGGUAGCAACUCCACCGUUACCACGACCCCGAGCGUUCCCGUCUUCCCCAGCUCUACCGAAUCCGCCGGCGCCCCCGGCGCCACCCCCAGUGCUGGUAGCAGCUCUGGCGCUGGUUCCUCCAGCUCUGGCUCCUCCAGCUCUGGUUCCUCGGGCGCUGCUGGCGCUGGCUCCAGCUCUGGCGCCAGCUCCGGUGCCUCGCCUAGCUCCAGCCCCGGCUUCACCCCCUCCAACCCGGGUGCCAAGGUCGCCGUGCCCAUGGCCGGUGUUCUGGGCAGCGUCGCCUACGGCCUGCUCCUGGUCUAA